AUGAAGGAAAAUAAUUCGAAGAAGCCUGCAACUUCCGGCUGGAAAUUUGUUCUUGUUUCGGUCUUUUUUGCAGUUCUGGCGGUGGUUGUUUAUCGAGUGGUGAUUACUCCAGUUUUGCUGAACAGAUCACUUCUUGGAAAAAACAGGGAGACAGCGCGGUACUUUGAAAAUGGCGUUGUAGACGAAGAGGUACUGAGUUUGUUUGUAACGUAUGAUCAGAAUUUGGAUGGCGCGCUGGAUUUGUCAGAGUUUGUUGAAGUUGCAAACAGAAUUUUGGAUCGAAAGGUACGCAUCUGACAGUUGAUUAUUAAUAGUUUCUAUUACACUAAUUAGAGGCGUUUGUGUGUGCCACCGUGCCUUAAAAGGGUAGAAAAUUACAGUAAUUCAUUCUUGCAUCAUUAAGUUCAUUAGAUUUCAAGUCAAUCAAACUUGAUAGGCGAGGAGAGCUAAUUAACAUUUGAAUGCAAUAGACCAUUUCGGAGUUCCAAAAAUUCUCACUUUCAAAUUAUAGAUUAGUGCGAAACCUUUCUUGUGAAAAUGAGUUUUAUUUGCUUGAGAAUGAAAAUCAUCUUUGCAUUUAGCCUUGCUUUCAAACAGAGGCGUGGAGCAACUCAGAAACGGCCUUUUUUCGGUGGAGUUGCACCUUUUUCUCGGCAAUAAAAAUGGAAAAGAUUGACCUGUUUCAUUUGAUGUGAAGGUUUGGAUGUCCAGCACUUACAGCUCAAAAUGAUUUAAAAAGCUUCAAUCAGGAUAAAACAUUUUAAUACUUAAAUCUUUCUCCGCUGGAGUCUUGCAGUUGUGUUGCAAUUUUCAAAUUAGUCUUUUGACAGUGGAGACAAGAAUAAAACAGCUGUUACAGUCAUAAACGUAAAAUUAAAGACUCAAACAAAUUACACCUUUUUUUACAGCGGUGUUUUAAAUUAUUUUUUUCUUCUGUAAUCACACUGUAUUCUUCUGUACAAAUUUAAGGUAGUGGAUGGUCCUGGUAAACCUGUGGAUCCAAAUUCUAAUGUUCCUGAGCCAGAACCUCACGACGGUAACAGGGAACAGCUCACACUUUUUUCUAACUUUACCCCCUUGGUACUCUCAACAAUGACCAAAUAUAGUACAUCAGAUGAAUCCUAUACUGUGAGUAUAAGUACAUGUACAUGUAUAGCCUGCGGCCUGAAAAAAAAAAAAAUAAUAACCAGCACCUGCUAUGCUGGCUAGUGUAUGUAUGACUGAGUGGGUGCUGAAGACGUUUUAUGAGGUAUUGUUGUGCCUUGUCAAAAUGUGCUUGCCUUGUGUUUUAAGCAGUUUUCAUACUGGACAGUAAAUUUCCCUGUGUAUUUCGCGCUACGUAUCAUGAAUAAUUCUUUCACUCUUAAUAAUAUGGCUCCUUCUGUUCUUCUGGGCCAAGCUUUUAGUUGAAUUUUUGGUUGAUUAAUAUUAAUACAGAAAUUUUAAAAUACCAGAAGUACAAUGUUUUAUCAACUGAAGAUUUGACUACAGGCAUUUUAUUACUAUAUAGUUUCGUACUGCAUAAUGGCGUACCACUCUUCAGAUAAAAUAGCCUAAUGGAUUUAAAUGAUACAUGCAACCUCUUAACUUUAGGCAAUGGCUUUGUUUCUUUUAUAGGGCAAUGAAAAUCAAUUGGAAGGCCUCAAGUCAUGGACAAGUGCCUCUGCUUCCAUGGCAACAUUUCCAGUGAAUAGAUUUGUAGCCUUUUUACCUCAUGGAACACAAUCACCAAACUUGGGGCAACCCUGGUUCAUUGUGGAGUCCAGGAUUGAUAAAAUGGGUAAGAUAAUAUAUAGCCUGAGAAAAUGACCAACAUUUCACGAAACCACUCGUGGUUUUCCUGCAAAAUAAUGUCUGCAAAACAGGUGCAGAAAUUCCAGACUGAUGGUGCAUACUAGCCAGAUCUGGGAAGAGCUUCUUAUUGGUUAGGAAUUUGCUUCACCCAAUCAGAAGCACUACCCAGAUCUGGGUAGUGACACCUCAUCAGUAUGGAAUUUCUGCACUCAUUUCUCAGAUGUCAUUUCAUGAGGAAACCACAAUAUGUCUGGUGUUUUCUCUCGCUAAAGAUGAUACUGUAAUAUAGAGGAGUUGAAAAAGAAAAGGUAUUGGUCUUAAACUGAAUCCACUUUCAUCACACACUUCAUUUUGACAAUUAUGCAUAUUAUUAUUUUUUUGGUUGUGUGUGUUGAGGCUCUAUUUUUCUGAAUAUUUAACAACUGAACAUGUUUCAAAACAAAAUUAAUGUAGCAAAUGGAGAUCGAAAAAUCAAUUUAAGUAAACGGCUGGUAAGCCUUUUAUGAUGAGGUUGACAGAAUGCAAAGCCAGUGAACAAAUUGUAGUUUAGCAAUAUUUGAUAUAUGCACCCCAUAUUUAGUACUGAAUAUGACAUGUGACCAUCUUUUUUAAUUUUCUUUGUAUGCUUUUUACUUUAGGUCCAGGUCUAACCAGUGAUCGAUAUUAUCCUCCUCUUAUAAAAGGCAGACUGGCGAUUAUCUACAGACUUCUUGCUAUGUUUCAUCCACGCCCGUUUCUUCUGACCAGAUUUGGCCCACAGGGAACUGUAGCUUGCAUUCGAGCAGAGAACAAAGAUUACUUGGAUAUCAUUUUCAGGUCUUUAUCACGUUAAUUUUUUGUAUAUACUGUACGCAAAUGGUAAAUUCAGCCAAGGGAUUUUUAUGCCAAUUCCUUAUUUCAUUUUAGCCCCCUUGUAAUUUAGCAGUCCGCAGAACACUAAAAACCAAAGUAAUAUUAACGGUCUUUUCGUGAACGCAUUCCUCCAAGCAAAGGCUCCAACGCCAAGCUUGGGUUGACAAAAUACAGUGAUUUUACUGCAGAUGUCCACCCAAGCCUGAAUCCCAUUUUAUAUUGAUUGCUUACUUAACUGGAAUGUGUGAAUAGAUAUAUGGUGUUUCAUGAAAGCCCGUCAAAAGAUGGUUUCAUUUAAAUGUUCACAAUAGAGCGUAUCAAGAAGGACUCAGAAGCAAAAAGGGGGCAAGGGUGGCUCAGUGGUGAGUGCACUUGCCUCCCACCAGUGUGGCCCGGGUUCGAGUCCUGGCGUCAUAUGUGGGUUGAGAUUGUUGUUGGUUCUCUGCAUUGCUCCGAGAGGUUUUUCUCCGGGUACGCCGGUUUUCCCCUCUCCUCAAAAACCAGCAUUUCCAAAUUCCAAUUCGACCAGGAAUCGGGUAGAUGAAGAACCACCUAGUGGAAGCGCUACCUCUAAAUCGUUAUUUACUUUAUUUAAAAAGUACAUUUCUAUUUCACUAAGGGGAAUGAAGAGGUGUAAAAUGCAUAAUUUGCUUUCUGGGGUUAAUUAUCAUAAAAAUGCAUAAUAGUAGUAAAAGGCUUUAACUUAGGACCUAACCAAUCAGCGGACCUUGCAUCUCAUUAAAAUUUGAAUAGACCAAUCAAAAAGUGAGACGCGUCAACUUGUCUUUUGCUUCAACGUUGGUAAGUGUAGAGCCAGUUGGCCACAAGAUUCUGUAUUUGUGGCCUUUAAGGACCUCAGUGGAAGCACAUUACCUUGAAAGCAAAGAGAUCCCCACUUUUGGUCCGGUAGACUAAAAAGGAAAACCCAUCGCAUUUGAAUCGUUGGAAAUGGCAGGGUUCUAAUGAAGGCAACAUUUUUACUCUUUGUCGUUGGGAUGGCCUUUUUGUGCGGUGUUUUUUAAUCUUACCUCUUUAGAUCAGACUGCUUAGAUAUCGGAAUUUUAGGUCAAUCCUCUAAUGAUAAAAAGUAACAAUAGAAAAGAAAACUAGAAAAGCGUUGUCUCGAGUCCAAAAUUAGGCACUGGCACUCGAAGGAGUGGGGGUUGUGGAGAGUUUUGAAUAAGAAAACCAUGCAACUUUAUGAACCCAUUCUGUUGUUCUUGUUGUUUUUUCAUUGCCGGCCGUCCGCGGACCAACCCCAGGGCUCGCAUAGUCUUGAAAAGUCCUUGAAUUUUAGGGGAAGUCCUUGAAACGUCCUUGAAUUUUCUUCAUCUUUGAAAGUACUGGCCUGGAAAGUGUUUUUUAAUGCUUUUUGGUUGCCCAAGACAGAAUAUAAAUGAUAGCCCAGACAAGUUAUAGAUGAUUUUCAUAAAGCGUUUUGUGUUUAAUGCGGCAAGAAUUAACUAUCAAUUUAAGAUAAGUGAACUGAAAAAUGUGGCGAAACUGGUGGAGCAAACAGUUCAGCCUCAACGUCCUGUCAGCUUAUGGCGCUUUCCAUUUGUCAGAACUGACCGGCCAGAUCAUUCCCAUCGUAAUGAGAAUUUCAUUUUUUAAUAAAAACUAUUCAGCUAGAUCAGUCGAAUUCUGAAUAGUAUUCACGAAGGAGAUGGUUUUUCAGCAAAAACUCUUUGGAAAAAGCCGAUUUCAUUUGCUAGCUGACUGGUCCGGCCGGCCAGUUCCGACCAGUGGAAAGCGCCCUUAGACUGGAAAUGUAUAUUUAUCUACAAAUCUGUGACUUACGUUCCUGGUAGGUUGUCCUUAAAAAUCGAAUGAGGUUCUUGAAAAGUGCUUGAAAUUUUCUUAAAAAAUGGCUGCAAUUUUUUGUUUGAACCCUGUAUCAGGGUUUAACCUGAAUCAACAAAGUGAAGGCAAACCAAACACAUGCUCAUGACAGGACAGGAAAUUCGACCAGAUAUCAGCAUCACUGUUUUAACUGAAGGAGAACUGAACGCAUAUUUUUUGUCUCUUGUAAGAAAUCCUUUAAUACAUAAAGGACUUUCUUUACUUGCUAAUAAAACUUGCUGAUUCUUUCUGAUGUGAUAUUCUGUUGAGCUUUAGAUCAAUCUUGGCGAUUUAAUACCGACGAACGCUACUUCAAUAUAUAAGGAUUGAAAAAUUGCGUUGAAUUACGUUGAAUUAUUUGAAGCGUCAGUGAAAGUGAUUUUUUUUGUCCGAAGCUACAAACGUCAGUUUAACUUUCACAUGACGGUUGAGCUUGCAACCUAGUCUGAACACGGUUUUCUAAGGGAUAUGGUGAAAAGAAAAACCUCACUGUUUCAUUUUCACCGAUUAUCUGCAGCAGACUUUAAUAUGCAAGAUUUUUUUAAUGCAAAGUGAAAGUUUCUUACAUCUAAACCGCUGGCUGAAAGAACCGUAGUGUCUAUUAACGACUUCCGCUUUCUUGGAGUGCGUUGGGUUGUAUCUACAUUUUUUUCGUCGACUAAAUCUCGGCAUUACAAUUACAAGCUGCUUCUUCCGUAAAAAGGUAAGCAAUCAAUACCAAUUAGGACCACAAUCUAUGAUCCGAAGGUUCAAAUUUGUUUGUAUAGGUCCAUGUAACUCUAUUUACUAAGGUAGUCCUAAUACCACAAGGUGUAGCCAUAUCGUAUGGGUGAGUGAUGGCUAGGAAUAUCAUCGAUGGAACCAUAUCAUUAUUUCAGUAUACUCUAUUGGUAACAAACCUAUACGGGCGUGGGGAAUGGCGCCGAUCUUAAAACCUCGGAAUCGAUUCUGACGAGUCUUUAUAACUUGUCGUUUUUGUGUGUUACAGUCUGUUUUAAGUGUUGACCUCUUCUGCGAAGUCCGUCUUGGAUUUUCAGUCAGACAAUUAAAGGGUCUCGUUGUCACGACAAGACUCGGAUUUUACCUUUCGGCACUCCUCUGUAGGAGUAUACUACUUAGCCUAUAGACAGGCUGUAACAAAACUGUUCAGUCAUUUUGUCUUCAAACUUUAGCACUGAACACAUUUUCAGUUUCCAAACUUAUCACGGCUGACUAACAACAAACAAAAGCUUUCACAUUCUCGUUUAGCAGUUGAGUAGGCGCUUUUGAUGUGGAACUUUCAUCGUAAUUUGCGCGGGGUAAGCACGUUGUAGUCGACCGAAAGUGAAUUCGAACCACAGUGAUGUCCGAGCCAGAGUUACGGCACCCAUGUAUCACCACCCAUAAAUAUAACUACAACUAAAAUUAUAAUUCACCCUCGAUUUAAGUACGAAAAUAGCAGCUUUAAAGACGUAAAGCGAAAUUAACAACAUACACGUUGUACUGAGGAUGAUUAUGGUAACAGUUAUGAUGCACAUUUCGAACAAGAGAGAAUGAUCUAGCUCAUUCUCUCUUGUUUCGAACGAUUUGAUCUCGCACGAGUUCCUUUGUUCCAUGCUCUAGUUACCUACCAACCUAACAAUAAUCUCGUAUUUCUUUGUGCACUGUUAAGAGAAUGGAAAUACCACACGAUGUCUUGGUCACGUUUGUCGAAGAGUACAGAAGAUUCUUUCGAUAUUCCUUGAUGGAAGCUUGUCAGGUACUGGGCCUUGAAUGCCAGAAGAAAUCGCGACUUAAGGAAGCUGUACAAUACUUUGAAACAUUUCUUUACGUCGCAAAACAGGUCGGAGGAAAAUGCGAGGCCGAAGCUCUUGGCAUGCUUGGAACAUGUCUCAUGAAUAUGGGACGAUUCGAUAAGGCCAUGCUUCAUCUUAAAGCAUUAGCGGACUCGGCGAAACAGCGUGGUGAUAAAGAUGACGAGGCACAAGCUUGUCUUCACCUAGGUAGUUGUUACAGUUACCUAGGACAGCACAAAAAGGCCAUAAAUAAUUUUGUGAGCGGUAUAUUAACUUUACAAAGGAUAGCGAGAAUGAAACAAUGAAACAGUGUGAAGGACGCGCCCACCUCACAAUUGGUAACAGCUAUCAUGCUCUUGGACAACUUGAACAGGCUUUUGGUCAUUAUGAAGCAAGUCUAAACAUUGCAAAGGAGUUUGAGGACAAGCGAUUGGAAGGAAUGGCUUACUGUUCCCUUGGCCAUGUUUAUCUAAAGCUUGCAAACUACGAGGAGGCAUUAAAUCAUUAUGAAAAAAGCACUGCCAUUGCAAAGGAGAUUGGAGACAAAACAGAUGAAGUAAUUGCUUCUUAUUGUGUUGGCAAUUGCUUUUUCAAACUUGAACAAUAUGAAAAGGCGGUUGAUCAUCUUCAAGCGUGUUCUAAGAUGGCAGAGCAGAGUGGAGACAAUCUUACUUCGGCGAAGGCCAACGAUGUGCUUGGAAACUGCUAUUUGUUCGGCCUCGAUCAGUACGAAAAAGCAGAAUAUCACCUGAAACGUGCUGUUCUGUUCGACCAGGAACUCUUUGAUAGCGUACCGAUGCAGGACUCCUACAAGGUUUCAAUUUGUGAACACUUUAUCGGUGCCUACAGAACGUUGGCCUUGGUUUUCUUGUUACAAAACAAAGUGGAAGAAGGUCUUCUAGUAGCGGAAAAAGGACGUUCAAGAGCUUUGGCUGAGCUAAUGACUACCAAUUAUUCUCUCCAAAACUCGGAAGCUACCGAAGCUAGGUCUUUGAGUCUGUCAGAAAUCCGUGAGGUAGUCAAGCUUUUAGAUACACCGUUGGUCUUUUUCUCUUUACUGGAAGAGAGCGACACCGGCAUUAUUUGGUCAUGGACCAUAAAACCAAAUGGAGAAAUCAAUCAUAUGCCUUGUGGCAUAGUUUCAGAGGAAGCCACUUUGAGUGAUGCGCCAGCAACUCAGGCAUCUCUUACUGUCAAGAGAACCAAUUUAAUGUCAUUACUCGAUGAAACUCGACAAAUGCUGAAAGGCCGUGGUAGUGAGGAAUACGAAGAUCGUUCCUUGUCCUUCCUUUACCCAGAUAAUCCUGUCAGAUGUGCGAGUAACCGACUAAAUGAAGAUGAGGAAGAUCAAGAAAAAAUACAAAACUAUGAAGAGAAACAAAGGGAAGCGCUCGGAAGAUUGUACAAGAUUAUCUGCCCUCGCCUUCAGGAGCGCACAGGAGGCUCCCAAGUUGUUAUUGUAAGCGAUGGUCCACUUCAUCUUAUCCCAUUUGCUGCCUUGAUAGAUGAAAAUGGACGCUACCUUGCAGAGUCCUUACAAAUGCGACAUGUUCCUUCUCUGGCAGCUGCAAAGUUGAUAAUGGAGCACCGAGUAGAUUUGAAGGGUGGCACAAUUCCCUUGAUAGUGGGAGAUCCGGCGAUACCGAAACGUCGGCUGCCUUGCGCCAAAGAGGAGGCAUUGAUGAUCAGCAAGCUGUUGGGUGUGGAGCCCCUAAUAGGAGAAAAUGCAACCAAAGAAAAGGUUCUUCAAAGUCUUGAAAAAGCGAAAUUGAUUCACAUCGCUGCACAUGGCGAUAUGGAGCGAGGAGAGAUCCUGCUAGCUUCAAAUCCCGGCAGCAAAGGAGAGAAAGAAGAUUACAUGCUGAUGUUGUCAGAUCUGGAGGGGAAGCCCUUGAGGGCAAGUCUGGUUGUACUCAGUUGCUGUCAUAGUGCUGAAGGCGAGGUGAAAGCAGAUGGAGUCAUCGGAAUUGCUCGUGCAUUCAUCGGAGCUGGCGCUCGUUCAGUUCUCGUGGCUCUCUGGGCGAUUAGUGAUGAAGGUACGCUUUACUUCAUGAACGCUUUUUACCAACAUUUCAGUCGCGGUCUGAAAGCUAGUGAAUGCCUGAAUAAAGCCAUGGAGGUGAUGAGAAAUUCCACAAAGUUUUGUGAUCCUCAUUUCUGGGCGCCAUUUAUUCUCAUUGGAGAUGAUGUGACUCUGCCUUCGUAGUAUUUAACAAACAUGCUAGUGUUCAGCCACCAAGCUGUGUGGCAAGGUGUCUGCUUUACAGAAGUCGCCUGUCACUAAAAAAAACAUUGAUUAUCAUGACUUCCUGUUCAAGUCAUUGCCAUGUUUGAACAUCUGCUAAUUGGUGUUUGUAUAUAUGUUUUUUGUAUGAUCUCUAGUGAGCUGUACUGACAAAGACACAUUUUAGACAGACUGAUGCAAUAGCAAUACAAUAGAAUAAUAAUUUGCACAAUUGGCAAUCGGCUUUUGUUUUAAGAGUUAGCAAACACUGAAAUUACUUGUCCCGAAAAUUCGAACUGGUGGCUCUUUCUACCACAUAACAAUUUGUUUUUGAAAUUCCAAGUCAAUUUCACAACUGAAUUUUGAGCUACUUUUAGUUACGGACUUCUGCUCCAACGAUUUCUCUGAAAUUUCUCUGGCAUAUUUAUUAUGUCAAUAAGAGCCGAUAACAGAAAUUUCAGUUAAAAAUAUCACUUUAAUUUUUUACUAGACGCGAUUUUCUUUGAUCAGUAGGGUCCUUUUAAGCGCUAAUUUCGUAAAAAAAUAUUUAGCAUCAAUGACAUCGGAAUAUUUUUAACUAUUGCCAAAUGAUAUCUGUUGUUCUUUUCAAAGUUUCGCAGCCAUCGCGUUAUAAACAGGUAUAUGACGGUAAGUUCGUCCGAGCAAAAUGCGCCUAUAUUAAUGACGGAGCCACCUUAAGUGAGCCUAAGCUAAGUAUGUUUCUAAACUAGUGAAGGUAAACGGAGCUUGAGCGUUGCGCAAGUGUCAGAACUAAAUAUAAUCGUUCUUUAAAAUAUACGUUUGGUUGAAGUCAAUUAAAAGAAAUAGUUGAACAAGAUUUCUAAACUUUUUUUGGUAAAACGUUAAAAGAAGCUUGCAAUUGAGCGUUGCACAAGUUUUAUAUUAGAACUAAAUAGACUUGUGCCGCAAAUUAAACUGUUGGUUGGAGUGAAAUAAAAGAAUUUUGCAGUUGAACAAGACUUCUAAAAUUCUUUUCUAAAGACUCCUAGUCCCCCUUUUUAUCGAUAAGUGAAAAGACGUAAAUGAGUAAAACUCUGCGAUAAAGUGUCAAUAAUGUUCCCAUGUGAUGCGUUCUUUCUAUCAGCAUUGCAGCAAAAUUCUGUAUUGACACCCCCUUUGCCGGUGGGGCUAUUCAGAAAAUAUUGUAUGAUUUAUAAUUGUAAUUGAACUGAGUGGAGUACGGUUUGGUCUGAAAUUAUACGCGUGAUUAUAAAAUCGGACGAGCGCGCAGGGCGAGUUCGAUUUGAAAUCACAAGUAUGAUUUCAGACCAAAAUUGCACGACCCGAUUUACCAUUAUAACUCACACUGCUGAGAGCCGAUCAGAUUUCAAGGAUCACCAGUGAUUUCAAAAUAUAUGGAUAUAAUAAAACGGUUCGUCACAAGAAAGCCAGCCCAGUGACAAGGAGGGAACGUGGUGCCUUCGUGAGAUUUACAGGGGCGUUUGAAAUGAGUUUAAGGCAUGCAUGAAAUCCGGUACUCUUUGCGCUUGUUUCUUUGAGUCCAAUAAAUUGUUUAUCAAACACUACUUCUGGUAGCUGACCCACUCUUCGAUGGUUGUCAUUAAAGAAACGUUCGUGUCGUGGAAGCAAGGUAUCAUUGUCGUUACUCUUACGUGGAGAUUACUGCAUAGAGGAAAUCUUUGUUUCACGCUAAAAUGCAUCUAACGCCCUUUAAAAUGGGAGAGGCAUGAAGUCGUGGCUGGGAUCAAGAUGGAAUUGAAAAUACGGGCUCAUGAUUGGUUCAUGCCACUGUUAAUGAGAUGCAUCGUGCUCUGUCACGUGUAGAUAAAGUUUAAAAUGAAUUAAGUGGUCAAAUUUGUGUUUACCUAAUUUAAUUCUCAGUGCAUUUUGCCAAAGACUAAAUGAAUGUUCACCUUGAGACAGAUGACAUUACUCGGGCAAAUAACGUGUCUUUUAUGCAAUCGUGUUGGCUUCUCUUCGAGUAUUUUUGUCAGGGCCAUUUUCUUUAGAUUCAAGAAAUUCGCUCUCAAUACCAUGAUGUUUAAACCAAACAGGAUCCACGCAGAAUUUCAACUGAAUGAGCCUCCUCUGCUGCCAUUCUGGUUCACUCCUGGGCAGUUCUUAGGAAAUAUUGUGAUCCAAAAAGAUGGUAGCCAUGUGCAUUCCUUCCAUUUAGCAGUUCCAAACAACAGAAGCCUCAAUGUGGGUGAGUAUAGUCUUGUUCUUAUAUUAACUUAAACAGCAUUAAACGAAAUACAGAAUGAAAUACCUUUAAAUACCUUUGAAUUUUGGAAUUUGUAGAGAGACAUUCGUGGCUGUGACGAUGGGCAUUCAAACUUCCAAGUUUUGUCGACAAUGUUGCACAACAUGUUUCCAAGCCCUACAUUUGUGGCGUUUCUCAUUCGUACAAUUCACUGCCGUUGUUUACCCCCCUAAAUUUUGCGUAGGCAUUGUCUUCAAUUUCUGUUCGGCCGGCUGUGAUACCCAGUACUGAGGAAAUUGGAAACAAUGCUUAUGUAAGGCUCGAAAAUGAAACUCUAAUUCCAGUUUGUCCUUUGGGCAACUAACUCUCAUAUUCUGCUUUCCCGGGAUCACUUCGCCUGAUCAUUUUGUGAAUGAUUUGGUUUGAAGAUGUCUCGCUUGAACCCUUGUAGCCUGCGAACAGCAGACGCAUUUCCGGUCGUCGCUUCUCUUCCUCCGGGAGAGAAGCGACGACCGGAAAUACGUCUACUGUUCGCAGACUAGAACCCUUCCCCUUUUGGCAAGUAAGCUUUAAAAGUGCCCAGCAAGAAGAAAGGAUUAAUUUAGGUUUCUGAGAAACUUCACACAUAUCCCUCCCUUAAGCCAACAUUUUGCCCUAAGUGAGAAGUAAGUGUUAAUAUGUUAUCUUAGGGGAGGGGUAGGUGGGUAGCUUCCCCAGAAACCUAAAUUGAUCCAAGAUCUACUCGUCACGGACUACUGGACGGGACUUUUUUUAGCGGGGAACGGGGAGCAAGUUGUAUCAUGGGCAAUGUGUAAAUGGUGAAUCAUAAUUUGAAUUGAAAAAUUCAAAUUCAAUUAUAUUCUUGUGUUUACUUCUGUUACAGAUAUGGAAUGGCUGAUUCCUGAAGGGGCAAACGAUGAGGACAGAGGUUAGUCUAUAAUCAAUAUUAUAUACACUCGACUCUACAAUGCGGAAACCGACACCUGUCAACCAUUGAGCAUGUCGAGCAAACCAUAGUUGCUUUUUAUAACCCAUCUGCACCUCAAAAUUCUUUCAAUUUUUUCUUUGUUUUCAUGGUAUUUUUUGUUUGCAUGAAACCUUUGCACGGCCAGAGACGAAAAUUAGACGAUUAACAAAGCACCAAAAAUAAUAGCCUGAGAAAACAGCCGACGUUCGGCGACGCUACCACUGGUUUCCCCGCCAAAUGACGUCUGAGAAACGAGCGCAGAAAUUCCAUACUGAUGACUCGCCGCUACCCAGAUCGAGGUAGUGCUUCUGAUUGGUUGAAUCAAAUUUCCCGCGCGGCACGACCAAUCAGAAGCACUACCCAGAUCUGGGUAGUGACUUGUCAUCAGUAUGAAAUUUCUGCGCUCGUUUCUCAGACGUCAUUUGGCGGGGAACCAGUGGUAGCAUCGCCAAAUGUCGGCUGUUUUCUCAGGGGACAAAAAUAAGCUAUUCAGUGGCCUACAUCCCUUAAGGAGGGUAAGCUCAAAGAAAUGAUCUAAUUACUAUUGGUUCAUUUGUACUUUUGUCAUGUCUUUGUUAGCUGAAGGUGACAAAGAAAGCAGAGAUCAAGAGGGCAACAUGGAGGUAGACAUUGGUCAGUGAAUUACUGUCAGUGAAGCUUUUUCUUUGAAUGUCUUUUUAGAUGUAAAGGAUCGAUCAAAUUCCUUCUUGUUAUGUUCUUGUUAUAUUGUGGAUUUUAACAACUGUACGCAGCAGAGCAAGAUGAAUGCGUUUCUCGUGCCAAGCUGUUUUACUUUCCAUAUACUUUGAUAAUUGAAAAAGUUGGACUAACAGUUAAGUGAUUACUGUACAAAAUUAUAUGCUUUCCGCUCUCCGUCAAUUCCUUUUUGGUUUUUCCUUAGACGUAAUGUAGUUAAAAUAAAACUAUGAUAGGAAUAAGAAUUAUUUAAUUGUAACUUGCAAUACUUUCCUUCCUUUCAUUUCCUUUCAAUUUAUUUUUCUUUUAGCUGGGCAGCCUAUAUUAGCAAUUGCUAUUUUGCACGCCAGUCUAUUGUAAUUAAUAUUUUUAUUAAAUAAAGUUGAAGUUUGAAGUUUUUGUUUUUACUAGGAUUUCUACCACAAAUGGAGCUUAAAAGUAGACUGCCGUCCACUUUGGUGAAUGAGCAACACCCAGAUGAGGUCAAUACAGAGUCUGAAAGCGAUGAUAUCAAGUGGGAGACAGAGAUUUCGUUUGAAGACGCUUACAAAGCCCUGGAAGAGAAAUUGUACGGUUUCAAGAAAGUACGCCCCGUUUUAUACCUAUUGUGGUGUUACAAAACAUAUCUAUUGCACUCUAAGAAAGUUCUUUUAAGUUCCUCCCUAUACACUCCAGUAAUCCCUGGCUGGCUUGUUUUACAACGGCUGCAAUCUUGCUGUCUUAUAGACCUUCAGAAAGCGGCUACCAUUUUGCAUCAAAGGAAAGUAUUUUGCACUUCUUGUAGCCUGCGCAACAAACGAAACUAAAUUCUGGUUAAGUCCGUUUGCGAGCCAGUGGUAAAGUCCUUGUUCUGUGCCCCCACCUGUGUACCAGGAUUUAAGUAUGCGCCAUGAUUGGUCUGUUAAAACUGCCAUUGUCGAUUUGCCAAUCAGGUUGAAAGAAAAUUCGGAAUGACUCCCGGUUAUUCAUAGCCUGUUGUGUACAGACGCCCCCUCCCCUCUCCCCAAAUUUUUCUUAGGGGAGCGGGGCGUCUGUACACAGGCUAGGUGAUUCAUUAAUUCCGUUGGGGGCCCAGAACAAGGAUCUAACCUGGGUUAAAUUACGUAUACAACGCAGGCAAAAUGUGAUGCCUAGCCGUUUCUCUCGCGCCAGAAAAACUCCCUUUCCCUUCCCUUUCAAACGCCUGCCACGCAGACUAUGACAUGCCUCCCAGUGAAAUACUUAAAACAAGUUAAGAAGUGGAAAACAAAGCUUUUAACGACACCUUUUGACGCCUACACAACGUCACAUGAAACAUCAUUCGCUUUGUUUCUAAACCUUAACCACCAAACUUCACUGCCAGCAUUGCCACAUUGUGUAGGCGUCAUAAGAUAUCCGACCUUUUUAGGCGUGCCAUCUAGCCGCGACCGGGGAUUUAACAUAGCCGACGGAGAAAAGGGUCGACGGUGACCAAAAAGUGGUGAGAGAUUUUCCAUAGGGUCAGGGAUGGGAGGUGAAGUGGUUGCCAUAUUACCCACGAGCAAUUUUUACCUUUGGGCAAUCGACCUCCACAAUCACACGGAAAAAUAGGGGACUUUGACAGCAUAGACUAAUACAGCUGUUUUCACUUCAAUUGUGCUCUGUGCAUAAGUACUUUUUAUAAACUUACUAUUCUUUCCAGGUACCCUAUCUGCAAUUUAGUGACGCUAUGAAUCAAGCUAAAGCGGAAAACAAACUUGUUCAUCACAUUCUGCUGUGGGGAGCUUUAGACGAUCAGUCCUGCUGAGGUAUAUUGACACUUUGCUGAAGAUUAUUGGACGAAUACGAGAAAGCGUAGGUAGUAGACUGUCGAAUGUUUCGUCUUAAAAAACGUGUAACAUCUUCCGCGAUUUUCUCCAGCCUUUCACUGCCGCACGUGUGACGUCUGUGCGUCCCUAAGUUUCAGCCUGAGGCUAUGUUCACGCUAUAUCCGGUGUAGUAUGAACACCUAUCCGAUAUGUCACUCUCCACUUUAGAGAUCGGCGCUUCGUAACUUCGCCCCGCUACAGAAAUCACCGUUCUUAUGUGUAAACACAAGCCCUAUCCGGUAUGGUCAGUUUUUUGCCAGCGCAAAAGCUACCCGGUAAAGUGUGAACAUAACCUGAUAUUUUGCUACUGACGGCAGUUGUAAAAUAAAAGCAAACAUCUUCCACGGUUGGCUACGAAAAAUUAGCGGUGGAAUUUAAGCCAAUCAGAAACAGAGAAAUAUUUUGAAUGAAUAAUAAUAUCAUUUAUAUCCUAAGCUACAGUCUUGCUCGUAUCAGCUUGUAUUCGUUGCAGUUUACAGCUGGAGUACUUGAAAGUGACGCCGAUUUUUUUGUCAAACAAAAAUAUGUACAAACUGCUGAAAAAGAAAUAAAUGGUUGUUAAUGAGGGUGACACAUAACAGCAUGAAAAACUCAUUAAAAAACCUUCGGUGCAAGGCCGAUGGUGGAAAAAUUUUCAAUGAGCUAAAACAUUUUCCAGCGGGGAGUAGUAGACAGUAGUACCGAUAUGACCCCGAAAGAACAUGGAUUUAGUUUCUCUUUUGCUUUGUACUUCAGGUUCAGGGCGGACUCUCCGAGAUGGACCCUUGGAGAGUUCGCCCAUUGUCCGUCUGUUGAGGGAGAAAUUCAUCAGCAGUUGGUCUCUUGUAGCAGAGCUUAAGGUAAAAUAGUUAGCAGUUUGUAACGGAAGUGUACGCAGCGCUAGUUUUUCGCGCCCUUUCCUUUUCGCGCCCUUUCCUUUUCGCCUGUCUCGCCCCUCAUACCCGCCUCGCUUUAUCCUUCGAUUUCCUGAAAAAGGCAAUAAUAUACAGCCCGUUCUGCAGGCCAGUGAUGUCCCACGAUCGGUGACACGCAGGGUGAAUUAACAAGUUAAACCCCGGCCCGAAUAACUCCCUUAUAUUAUCAUUGGAAACCGUCAAAAAUACCGCAUGUGAAAUAAUGAAUGUCACGAUGUGUUUGGCACCGUCCGUAGUUUGUGGGACUUCCUGUAGGUGGCUUUAAUGAUGAAGUAGGCGAGGUUUCUUCAACCUUUCUCUUUGCCGGCUGUUUCCUCUUCUUUACUGAGGAGCCAGGUUUUCCUUUCUGCAAGGCGGCUGUAACGAUGAUGGAUGGCUUCCUUCAGCUUGUUGCUUGUUGGCUGGCUGCGCAGACUGGUUUAUUUUUAUGUUGUUUCUGGGGGACGUUUGCCAUGUUUGCAUUGCUCUUGUUCUGCCACAUUUGCACCACGUUUGGACGUUUUCGCGUAGCUUUUUUAGCGUAUGUCAGUUCCUUAUCCGUCAUUUCAUUGGGCUGCGUGCUCAGAGACUUUUUAGCGUCGUCUAAUUCAAGUGUGGUAUCUGAAGCAAAAUUAAGUAUUAAUUAGUGCUUAUAGUGAUGUGCGUGACUUAAAUUGCCUUUUGAAACGGGAAACUAAACUGAAUAUAUCGCUUUAUUAACGCCCGGAUUCUUUCUGAGAAAGGGUGUUAUGUACCCAUCCAAAUCCGUUUUUGAGCCAGCAAAAUCGAUACGAAGAACUCUCUGCAAUAUAGCACGAGGGACUGAUCUCAGCUGAGAAAGACACCGGUUUUGGUAUACACACUCGAACAAUAUACUCCACCAAUUAAAAACUUCUCUUCUGAAAGACUGAAUAAAUGAAUGACUUACUUGAGCAGCAGUACGAGCAUCAGUCGAUCGCUUUCGUUUAGUCGCCUGAACAGCCGCUGUAGCAUCUUCUUGCAAAGUGGAUGACGCUUUCUGAAGUUCUUCAUUUUCUGGUGAGUUCACAUAGCCGCAUUGUUGCAAUGACUGUCUCGUUGUGGGGCUUUCGAUGAGAGAAGAGACGACAGCAAGUUUUUUCUUGGACUACACUCUUUUUUUUUUAUAAGAAUGUUGUUUUUCCGGCCCAGGCUGAAAAUUCUUAUUUUUCUGCCGAUUUUAGGCUGAAAAUAUUCUUGUAUUAUUCUUAAAUUAUAGCUUAUGACAUUUCCGUUUUAGAAUUUAUUGGGGUAUAUGUAUAUGUAUUACAUGUACCGUUCAUCGAACUGUCAUUAGCGUUGAACAUUUUGCCAUAGCUAGUGCAGGUUUUUUCGUUUUGUUGGCUAGUUUCGCCGUUCAGAGAAAGGAAUAAUUUUAUACGGUUAAGUUAAAAACAUAAAAUUGUCACGGUAUUGCAUUUACAGAUGUUUCCCACACAAAAUUAUAUCUAUCCUUUUCAAAAUCUCAGCCUCGGCUUUAUUCUUAAAAUAUUCUUAAAAUUUCGCAAAUUUCAGCCUCGAUAUUCUUAUAAAAUAUAUUCUUAUAAAAAAAAAAAGAGUGUACGUGGGGGGCUGGUUUUUGCGGUGUCAAUAGCUCGUUUUCGCGCUGUUCUAUUAGAAAAUGCUUCUCGUACUUCGUUGGGAGAAGGAACAGGAACACUCUAAUGAAUGCCAGUUAGAUUUAGUAAACAUUACAAUUAAACUAGCUAGUGAUGUAAUUUCAUGAAAAAUUGGUUGGAGCUUUAAUUCAUAAUUAAAUGCAAAAAGUAUCCUGAUUCAGUCAAAUUUUGGGGUGUAAGCGAACACCGUACACAUGGCAACUCAUAGCCAAUACCUGUGGCGAAUCCAGGCUUCCCUAACCUGAGAUCAGGCCCAAUUUGAGCGGUUCUCAUACAUUCUCUCUAACGGCUACCGCGAAAAUCUCUGUUCGUUUCGCCAUGCCCGCGGGAAUGUUAUUUACGAAGCGAAACGAAAAUGAAGCCUGAUCUCAGGUUAAGGCUUCCCUUUGAUGGAGGGGUAAGGUAACUCGGAUACAAAAUAUUAAUAAAAUUAUUCCUUUUUUGUGUUCUAGAAUAUAGCUGCUAACGCCACCGACGCGGAGAUUAAGACAGCAGCAAAGUCUCAUUUGGAUAGCUAUAGGUAGGUGUCCCAACAGCUUUCAUGUUUUGAUUCACAAUGUCACAUUCGUAAUUCUCAACCUCCAUUCAAACGGAUCAAGCGGUCCUACAUUAGCCGAAAAUGUCGAUGCAUGGUUAUGAUAAACAAAACAAAAUUAGGAGCCCAUAACCCAUGAGUUGUCCCACAUCAAUUUGCGCUAUCCAAGUGAGCGGAUAAAGGCUUGGAUCCAAAAACGAUAGCGCGAUGCCUGGCAAAAAAACAACAACAACAACAGCAACAGCAACAACGGUCCAAAAGUUCCAGAUCGGCUAGAAAAAAAUUCUCAUAAUUGCUCAACGAAAGUAGAUCUGGAACAUUUCAGGUUUAAAUAGAUCCCUUCCGAGCAUUUGUGGACUGUUUUACUGAUGGUAAGCAGCGAAAAGUGGUGGCCGUUGUCUUUGCUUGUAUUAUGGUAGGAAAAUCAGCGCCGUCAUUUUGGAUGUCCGUUUUUUGGCACGUGUUCUUGGCGAAUUCUUGCCGACAACCUUGACGGGUGCCGUCACAUCGAAGACCCGCCGGAGACGACCAGAAACUCGGCUGACGUAACACGUGGGACCAGAUUAUAAAUAUACAGAAAAUUCGAUAAUGUAAUGAAAAAUUCUCUGUAGAAUUCAAGGCAACCGGUUCACUUCAUGCUUUUUUGCAGGUUUCCGGUGGAGUCAUUGGUUUCCCUUCCGAAUGGGACUGUCUUGUCAAAACUAAAUGCGAAUGAUUUAAUGGAAAGCGAAUCAAGUGGAUUAAAGUAAGAUUUAGAGCUCGCCUCAAAAUACUAUACCAUGGUUAUAAGCAAGUUCAAAACGUUACUUUCACGUUUGUUAAUGCAUGCAUUGGCCCACUUCCGAGUUGUUCUUCGCCACUUUUUCAAAGCGAGGGCUGGGGCAAUAUACAAUUGCAAUAUACCAAUUACGUAAAAAUAUGUUUGAUUUGCACUUGAAUGAAAACUAGUCUUCAUUUGAAAAAAUGCUUUAGCUCCAGGACUCACUUUGAAAAAGAGGCUAAAGAGACAUUCGGAAAUGCCGACCUAUUUUUCUUUCGUCUACAAUUCAUCCUAUCCGCUGUGCUGUAGCGUUGGGAACUUCGUCUUGCUUUCAACUGAAGGUUUUUUGCCUAUAAAAAUGAAAGGUUUAUCACCGCAUACAGAAGUGAUGAUGAGGCGUUCGCAUUAGCGAUGUUGGCCUUCUGUGAGACAGGAAAAUCUGUUGGCUGGGGAAGAAACAAUUGUCCGUUGCCCGCAUAAACGGGUGUCCGUAUUAGACGGGUUGAAUUUAGAGAAAAUGUAAGGCUCUUUCAGAGAUAAAGAAAAUUUUCCGUAUGACGAGGUGUCCUCGACUGUAACGAUAUCUGCAUUCUUUACUGUCAGCAUUAUUUAUAACGCAAAGGCUAGUGAGGCCGAGAAAAUCACUGACGCAAAUAACUCCAGUAAAGUUGCACAGCAAUGUAAAGAAUUCCAACUGGCCGGAGGCAAACCUGUUGCUAAUUUAAAGCUGUAGUCGAGAAAUUUGAACUAAGAGAAACCUUGAACACUGAAAUCCAGCCAGCGCUACAAGAAGCAGCCAUUUGCUUCCUUUCCCAAACUUUCUCUUACAUGUAUACUGUUUUUUUUGUAUUAAGGCCGUUCUUGACUCAUAAUUUUAACUCCUAUUUUCACAGGUUUCCUCCAGAAUUUGACUUUUCGGAUGAUCUCAGUGUUGUGUAUUACAAAUUUCUGGAGGAUGGUUUAACCAACGCCAAGGUGCAUCAAUUAUAG